GGAGAGCGGGUCACGACGCUGCCGGGGCGGGGAUAACCCCUCACGUGGAGCAGAUGAAAGGGCCGCGGCGCGACGGCCCGGGGAGCCAAGCCGAGCCUGCGACCCACAAAGCCGCCAGCGCGAUGGGGCUGUGAGGCGUCCGCCCGCGCUCGGUCCUCCGCCGGCCAGCGACUAUGCCCGGCCGCGCCCGCCCUCCGCGCCCUCCCGCCGCAGGACCAUGAGGCCGCGCUCGGUCGGGCGCCCAGGGGCCCCGGGCCGCCGCCGCCGCCGCCUCCGCCGCCGCCCCCGCGGCCCCCGCGGCAGCCGCUUGCCGCCCCCGCCGCCGCUGCCGCUGUUGCUCGGGCUGCUGCUGGCGGCCGCGGGGCCCGGCGCGGCGCGGGCCAAGGAGACGGCGUUCGUGGAGGUGGUACUGUUCGAGUCGAGCCCGAGCGGCGACUACACCACCUACACUACCGGCCUCACGGGCCGCUUCUCGCGGGCCGGGGCCACGCUCAGCGCCGAGGGCGAGAUCGUGCAGAUGCACCCAUUGGGCCUGUGUAAUAACAAUGAUGAAGAAGACCUGCAUGACUAUGGCUGGGUAGGAGUGGUGAAGCUGGAACAGCCAGAAUUGGACCCAAAACCAUGCCUCACUGUCCUGGGCAAGGCCAAGCGAGCCGUGCAGAGGGGAGCCACAGCAGUCAUCUUUGAUGUGUCUGAAAACCCAGAUGCCAUUGACCAGCUAAACCAGGGCUCAGAAGACCCGCUCAAGAGGCCAGUGGUGUAUGUGAAGGGCGCCGAUGCCAUUAAGCUAAUGAAUAUCGUCAACAAGCAGAAAGUGGCUCGAGCGAGGAUCCAGCACCGUGCUCCUCGACAACCUACUGAGUACUUUGACAUGGGGAUUUUCCUGGCUUUCUUCGUUGUGGUCUCCUUGGUAUGUCUCAUCCUCCUUGUCAAAAUCAAGCUGAAGCAACGGCGCAGUCAGAAUUCCAUGAACAGGCUGGCUGUGCAAGCUUUGGAGAAGAUGGAAACCAGAAAGUUCAACUCAAAGAACAAGGGGCACCGGGACGGGAGCUGUGGGGCCCUGGACACACUGAGCAGCAGCUCCACGUCUGACUGUGCCAUCUGCCUGGAGAAAUACAUCGAUGGAGAGGAGCUGCGUGUCAUCCCCUGUACUCACCGCUUUCACAGGAAGUGUGUGGACCCAUGGCUGCUGCAACACCACACCUGCCCCCACUGUCGGCACAACAUCAUCGAGCAAAAGGGAAACCCAGGGGCCCUCUGUGUGGAGACGAACAACCUGGCCCGCAGCCGGCAGCCAAGGGUCACCUUGCCGGUACAUUACCCUGGCCGCGUGCACAGGACCAACGCCAUCCCAGCCUACCCUACAAGGACAAGCAUGGACUCCCACGGGAACCCUGUCACACUGCUGACCAUGGACCGGCAUGGGGAACAGAGCCUCUAUUCUCCACAGACCCCUGCCUUUGUCCGUGGCUACCCACCCCUGCAUCUGGACCAUACCCUGGCCGCUCACCGAUGUGGCCUGGAGCACCGAGCCUACUCACCAGUGCACCCCUUCCGCAGGCCCAAGUUCAACGGCCGCAGCUUCUCCAAGGCAGCUUGCUUCUCCCAAUAUGAGACCAUGUACCAACGCUACUACUUCCAGGGCCUCAGCUACCCAGAUCAGGAGGGCCAGCCCCCGUCCAGCCUUGCUCCCAGGAGCCCAGCCCGGACCUUCCCACCAGGUGGUGGCAGUGGUGGCCUGCGCUUCCCCACUAUGGUGCACAUGGCCCCGGCCACACAUCUGGAGAGUGGCAGCGCAUCCAGCUUCAGCUGCUACCAUGGCCACCGCUCCGUGUGCAGCGGCUACCUGGCUGACUGCCCGGGCAGUGACAGCAGCAGCAGCAGCAGCAGCUCUGGCCACUGCCACUGCUCCUCCAGUGACUCGGUGGUAGACUGCACUGAAGUGAGCAACCAGGGUGUGUAUGGCAGCUGCUCCACCUUCCGCAGCUCCCUCAGCAGUGACUAUGACCCCUUCAUCUACCGUAGCCGGAGCCCCUGCCUUACCAGUGAGGCGGGAGGCUCAGGCCGAGGGCCUGCUGUGCACCUUGAGGCCUCCCCACCACCUGAGGAGCUCCAAGCUGUCCAUGUUCACAGUGCUGGGCAGGGGGAGCUGUGGCCUAUCCCAGCCUCUCCCCCGGGGGACCAGCUGUCCACCUGCAGCCUGGAAAUGAAUUAUAGCAGCAACUCCUCAUUGGAGCACCGGGGGCCCAAUAGCUCUACCUCAGAAGUGGGGCUGGAGGCUUCUCCUGGGGCCGCCCUGGAACUCAGGAGGACCUGGAAGGGGGGUCGUGGGGGGUCAUCAUGUGCCUGCUGCUGUGAGCCUCAGACCUCACUGGGGCCUGGGGCAGGGACAGCUGGUGGUGGUGGCCCCUUGUUCCUGGGCUCCCCACUCCACGAGAGCUGCAACCCCGCAGGUGGGGACCUGCAGCCAGGUAGCUCACAGGGCCUGUACAGCCUUCACUCAGACCACUUGCCCAGGACAGAUGAGGUACAGUACGAGGGCCUGCCCUGCUGCUUCUAUGAAGAGAAGCAGGUGGCCCGUGGCGGGGGCGGGGACUACGCAGUGAGUGUGCAGUACACCCUGGCAGAGGAGCCCCCACCCAGCUGCUACCCAGGGGCCCAGGACCCAAGCCAGCGCAUCCCCAUCAUUCCUGAGGACGUGGGCUGCGACAUGGGCCUGCCCCCAGACUGUCAGGGGACCUACAGCCUUGGCCCCUGGAGCGAGGUGCUGGGCCUGGACACCCCGCAGCACUACACCCAGGAAGAGGAGCGGGCUCCGUGCUACCAGGCCACAGUGCUGCUGCAGCCUGGCUGCCCACCAGAGGAGGCUGGUGCCUCCAGGGCCAGCCUCAUCAGUGCCACCCAGGACACUCAGGAGCCCACCGCCCCAGCCACUGAGGUUGCAGGUGAGAGCAGGAGGUGGCAGGAGGCCAGAGCAGGCAUCUGUGGAGUUCCUCUUCUCCUUGAGCCUUUUCUGAAUGACUCUUCUCUGUCCCUGGCUUAAACAUCAGCUGUACUUGAAGGAUUGCUGCAAGUUCCAAACCUGCUGUGCCCUGUUUGUGUUCUUGCCAUCUCCCCCAAAUGCCCAGUAAGCACCCUACUCCGUGGCAUCCACAGCAGCCCUUCCAUAUCCUCCCCUGCAUCUCCAUGCUGCCCAGUGCAGCCCUGCUUUUCUGCAGGGCAGAGGCGGGAGGAGCCUUCCAGUGGGUCUCCUGUUGCUGUCUUGCCUUCUGUUCUUGGGAGGCGAGUAGCCUGUUUUGAAAUCUAAGGUGAUCUCUUUACACUAGAAAAUGCUUUAGGAACUUAUCAUUCAUUCCCUUUAGCAUCUUAAAAAUGUGAACCACUGAAACCCUAGUAUGGGAAGAAAAAAAAAGCCGGGGGGGGGGGGGGCAGAACUGCCCAUUUCUGAUCUGUAGUACCCAGUGCUUGAUCCUCUCUCCUUGCUUGCUGCUUUAGCCUCUGGCCAGUUUCAGCGUUCCAGGCAGGCUCACUCCUGCCUCCAGGUCUCCCCUUCUCUUCCCCACCAGAUCUCAGCCUGUGAACCUCCAGUUCUUACCAAAUUCACUCUCACCCCUGUUGCUUCCUAAGGCAUCCCAAGCUAAGGUUAUUGCCUGAGGGGACUGUAAGCUGGGGGUGGGGAGGGGGUCUUCCCUACUCUUUCCAGUGCUGCAGCUGUGCCCAGCACACACUAGGCAUUCAGCAUUGCUCUCGUGUUUUCAUGUCACCUUAGGGCUUCCAGAAAUCUCUACGUGAAGACAAGGGAAGCCAUUCCCAAGAGACAGCUGUGUGCUCUGCAAAGUCUGAGCCCUUCUCAGGAAGGAGUGCUGUUCAGCCUUUGUCACGUUCACAGCUCUUCCUGAGAUACUGCCUCCUACCCAGUCACUUGCCUGCCCCUGUGUGAUGCUAGCUUUCUCCCCUGAUGGUUGCUCUUUCUUUCCCUCCCAGGAUCAGGGUCUCGCCCUGGCAGUGACAGUGGCAGCACAAGGGCCUGAGCUUAGAAGAAGCUUACCUGGAAACUGGGAACUGUAUGGAUACUCCAAACUGACUUCCUUCAAGAAAAAAAAAAACAAAAACUUUUUUUUUUUUAGCUUUGAUAAACACAAUAAGUGGUAAUAAAGAGCCCUCCUCAACCUAAAAUGUGAGCCACCUGUGGCAAGACCCUUCUCCUUCCCUGCCUCCCCGUUAAUAACCCACCAGUCAAAAUCUCUAGUCCUUUGCCUCUUCUGAUAACCUGUUACUCUUCUGUUUUGUAAAGUGUGUGUUUGGGGUUCCAAGGUGUGUGGGAUUGAGUUCUCUGCUUGUUUGUUGUUUUGUUUUUUUAAGAUAUAUGUAAAUGUAAGAAGUUAUUUAUAUAUUCUAAAAGAACCCUCACCACCAACUUUUGCUGAAAAAAAAAUCACUGCUGCAUUAAAUGAACCACAUCAUGUAUAGAUACUGUGGUCUCCCUGGAGGGAGCUCAGGCCUUUGAAAAGCUCAGGGCUGCACUUGCCUUAGAAAUGAACCAGAAACUUGAAGUAAAGCUAGUUUAUAUGGGUACAAACUGAGGAGCAAUGCAAAGCUGCCUCUCCUCCUUGUGGCAAGUCCAAACCUACAGAAUGGAAGCCAGACCUCUCCUGCCAUUUGAGUCUGCAGUUCUGGGGUUGCCUAUGUGACAGAUCUGCCCAGUGUCCUCAGCCUGUCCAUUUGGACCAUCAUUCCAAAUAUAGCCACAAAGAGUUCAUGGUCCUGUCUUGGCAGAGGUCCAGAUCCUAGGAAGGGCAAUGUUCCUGGGUUUCUUCACUCUGACCCCUGGGACAAGGAAAAAGUCUUUUCCUCUUUAGUCCCCACUUUGGAAUCCUUUGCAGAACUAUUAAGGGCUUCCUGCUAUUGGCUGCAGAAAUGGCUGGACACAGAGUGUGUGGAACAGAUACCCAGGAGGAAUGUAGUUUUGUGGCCUGGUGUCUGAUGGGGCUGGGAAAGAGGGCUCUGCUCACCCAGCAGCACCCCACCCUUUGGAGGAGGGACAGAGAGGCCUGAAGUACACAUGUGGGGGGGGUAGCUCUACCCCUCUGCUGCUGCUUCCUGGAGCCACAUACUGGGGACCCCCACCCCGGAGUGUGCACUGAGCUGAGUUCAAUGAUACAUUUCCUGUCCCUUUCCUUCACAGAAGCACGCUUCAGGGUUGUUCCAUCCUCAAAGCCGAAAUUGCUCAUCUCGCCUGCAAAUGUCUACUAUCUGUCUGCCUAAUGCACUAUUAUAUAUUGAUUUUCCAUGAGACAAGAGAGACUAUCAGAUAGUUUAGACCCAAAGGGUAGGUGCUUAUUUUUCCAGCCUUUUUUUCUUUUAAGGGGAAGGGAAAGUUUUAAACACAAAUCUUUUUGGUGUUUUUUUUUAAUGUUUUAUUUUUUAAAGGGAGAGAGAAUCUAUUUAAAACUAUUUCAGAUCAGGGAUUGUCAUCCUUCUUGUCUAAUGUAGUCCUUGUUCUUUUGUUCACACACACACACACACACACACACACACACACACACCUUUUUAGAGGACACUCAAUCACCCUUGUGUUUGCUGACUUUUUCUGGUCACUUUUAUUCAUUUACCAGGUAUUUUUUGCCAUCUGAAAGAUUUGGGGCUGUUGGCUCUUCACAACUCUUUUUUAGAAUAAGGGCCCUUGGGACCUGGCUUUCUAUCAGUGGAAAAUAAGGAGCACCAAGGGUUACCUGGGGACAGACAACCCCUCCUCCAAAGUCACCCAUGAUAUGUGAAGAGAGAAUUUCACUGUAUCAGAAUACUUGGUUCUUUAAAACCCCAGCCUAUGACAAGGAAAUUUGCUUAUUUCUAACCAGCAUUUGAUACAAAAAAAAAAUCAGCAUCGAAUGAUCCAGCCAUUUGCCACUUAGGAAGUCUGGUGAGAUUUGUACAGUCUCAUCAUAGCUGCAUCCCCAGGCUAUGCCUGGCAAACCUGUUGGUUGAGUGUGUGAAGCACCUAAGUUGUUGACAGGCCGCUGCUACUAAAGACAACAGCUUGCAUUACUUACUUUUAGGAAAUGGGGGGAUAUGACUGUAUGUGAGAGAGAAAAGUA